AUGGAACAGCUUGGAUGUUUGGGGUUGCUACUACUUUGGAUUUGUACCACCACAUUAGGUGCCACUAUUCAAGCGGAGGAGAGCAGCCCACAAUUCUGGAACAACAAAAUGUCUUCUGCCAUUGACAAAGCCUUGAAAUUGAAGCCCAUUGAACACAGAGCAAAGAACUUAAUCCUCUUCUUAGGAGAUGGUAUGGGGAUACCCACAUUAACAGCUACUAGAAUCCUGAGCGGGCAACAACAAGGAAAGCUGGGAGAGGAGAAUGAUCUGACAAUGGACACGUUUCCCUAUGUUGCUCUGUCCAAGACAUAUAAUGUGGACCGCCAGGUUCCUGAUAGUGCAGGCACAGCUACUGCUUACCUUUGUGGGGUAAAAGGCAAUUACGGAACUAUUGGACUGAGCUCUGCAACAAAGCGUUCUGUUUGCAGCACUGUGAAAGGCAAUGAAGUUCAGUCCAUACUCAAGAGAGCAAAGGCAGCAGGAAAGUCAGUGGGGAUAGUUACAACAACGCGUGUCCAGCAUGCCUCCCCCUCCGGUAAUUACGCUUACUCUGCUGAUAGGGACUGGUAUUCAGAUGCCAACAUGCCCAAAGAUGCUCUGGAUUCUGGUUGUCUGGAUAUUGCUCAUCAACUAAUUCACAAUGUAGAUAUUGAUGUCAUUCUGGGAGGUGGAAGAAAGUACAUGACUCCAAUAGGAACCCCAGAUCCUGAAUAUCCAAGGGAUGAGAAACAGGAUGGGCAAAGAAAAGAUGGCAGGAACCUAAUAGAGGAAUGGCUAAAGAAACAUAAGGGGGCUCAAUAUGUAUGGAACAAGGAGCAGAUGAACAAGAUCAAUGAAUCUUCUGUGACUUUUGUCAUGGGUCUGUUCGAGCCAGGAGACAUGAAAUACGAGUUAAAUCGGAAUGCUUCCUCCGAUCCAUCCAUUGUCGAGCUGACUGAGAAAGCCAUCCAGCUGCUUCAGAAGAACCCCAAUGGGUUCUACCUCUUUGUGGAAGGAGGUAGAAUAGACCAAGGGCACCAUGAUGGAAAAGCCAAGCAAGCGCUAACUGAAGGUGUCAUGUUUGACCAUGCCAUCGAAAGAGCUGGGCAGCUCACUGAUGAGACAGAUACACUGACCGUGGUGACGGCUGACCACUCUCAUGUUUUCAGCUUUGGAGGAUACACUUACCGGGGUAGCAGCAUAUUUGGCCUUGCACCCAAGAAAGCUAAGGACACAAAAUCUUAUACAUCUAUCUUAUAUGCCAAUGGGCCAGGAUUCAGCUUGACAGAAACCGGACGACCUGAUGUGGAUAAUAUUACCAGCGAGAGACAUGACUACACGCAACAGGCAGCUGUGCCCUUGGAUUCUGAAACACACGGAGGAGAAGAUGUGGCCAUAUUUUCCAAGGGUCCAAUGGCCCAUCUCUUUCAUGGUGUGCAGGAACAAACAUACAUUGCACAUGUUAUGGCAUAUGCAGCAUGUCUAUCACCUUACGAAAACUGCCCACCUGAACGACCCAAGAAUGAAGCGUUUAUGCCCACAGGCACUAGACUCCUGCUUCUACUGCCUAUUGUGUGGCUGUUUCUUUCUCAAUGCAAUCUGUGA